UUGAUAAACCUUUUUGCAAAUGGAAGAUGAUAGUUUAACUUAUUUUUUUUACCCACAUUUUGUUCAUUGAGGUGUUAGAGGCACGUGGAAUUUAUUAAAUUGUUUUUGAAUUAAAAAAAAAUGUUUCUGAUGGAGUGUGGUAGUGGAUAAAGUAUUGUGGGAUCGGUGUACAUGUGAGGAAAUCAAAUGUGCGAACGAAAUCGAAAAAUUUGAUUUUUUCGUUUUUCAGAAAUCAAUUCCAAGCAAGCGGUGUCGAACACAUAUUAUAGAAGCGGUGGUGGUUUGCAGAAAGCGGUUGACGAGAACACUACUUCACCGAACGAAAUCAAAAGCAAGUUGCUACCGUGCCGAACAAAUCUUCGAGGAGCAGUGCCUAACAAAUCUUCCAGAAGCGGUGGUGGUUUGACGAACCAACUCACAAUCUUCUAAAAAAAAUCUGAACCAGAAGAAGAACGACAACCACUUUGGGAGCAAUAUUUUUUCAGGGGUUUUUUUGUUUUGUUCGUGCGCGUGCAAAGAGAACGAAAAGAAGAGCCCGACCUCGUCGGUUCGUUUUUCAGACAGUUAUGUUUGGAUGUAACCUCUUCAUGCAUAGUGAAAGGAAGUUGCAUUAAUGGGUGCGAAGGAUUGCUUUAAGUCCAAUAUAUACGACAUUGUUCAUGACAGUAAUAAGAGAAUCGCAAAGAGACGAGUUUGGAAAUUAAGCGAUUACGACAUGUUCUUUUGUCGCAUGUUGAUUACCAUGGAAGAAAUAUUGACUGCUGAAUUUUUGGAGACAAUGGAAUUCUUUGUGCUUGAUUCUCUCGGACACGGUAGAAAGAAACGAACCAAGAUCGACAAUAACGUGAGUUGCAGGAUGGUCAUCCCAAAUUCAAUGGCAAUUGCAUGCCACAAUACACUACUGAGGACCUCCAACAAAUAAGGCAAAACUUUAUUUGUGAAUGGAUUCUCCAUGAAGAUAACCAGAACAGAGACGAAGUCCUUCAACAUUAUGAUCUUUACCUUCGACAGUAGUUUUUGUUGUAGUUAAAUUUAAUAACAUCUCACAUAUGUUAAGUCUAUUGCAAAAGUUAUUCAACAAAGUAAAGUACUCCUAACUAAAAUAGACUUCAAAUUCGCCACUUUAUGUACUAUUGAUGACUAUUGACUUGUAUGAUGAAUAGAAGUCACGCAUGAAGUCGUUGACAAAAACAUGGACAUCUUCAUCAUCUCCGUCAUACUCCAUCUCAAACAACACACGAUCACUCUCUUUCAGUUGAUGGUCUUUGCAAAAUUCUUU